AUGCCUGAUGAACCGUAUACUACGCAGCAGCAGCUAAAUUCAAAGCCACAACAACAACAACAACAACAACAACAGAAUCAAUUUCAAUCAUCAAUAUCAUGUGGACAAUUUGAAUUUUAUGUACAAUUAACAUUUGAAAAACCAUUUAAAGGUUUAGUUUAUGCAUAUAAAACAUUGAAAAAUAUUGAUAAUCAACAACAACAACAACAACAACAACAACAUGGACAACAACAACAACAAUAUUAUGGAAAUUAUUAUUAUCCAAUUGAAAUAUUAGAUUCAUGUACAAUACGUGGUAAUGGUGAAUCAAUCAUUUAUCUAGAAUUAUCAUUUCUAAGUGAAUGUGUUGAAAAAUUGUUGACAAUCAAUCUAGAUGGAUUCAAUUUUCGUCGUGCAUUAUUAUCAAAUAAUAAUAAUAAACAACAAUUAAAUAUAAGCAAUGAUGAUUUAUAUCAAUUAUCAUUAUAUAUACAAAAUGAUCCAAAAAUUGAACAAAAAUAUGAUAGUAAAAUUUUUAUACAAUGUUCAUCAAAAUUAACAAAAAAUAUUUUAUUUGAACAAAAUUCAAAUCAAAAUGAUUAUUAUUAUCGUAAGAUUGAUGAUAAUCAACAAUCAAAUAUUAACCCUGAUGGCGAUGCGUCAACGAAUGGUGAUAAUGAUGGCAAAAAGCGGCAAGAACCAUAUGCGGCAAAAGUAAGUCAAUCGCAACAGCAAUUGCAACAGAGAUCAAUAAUGCCAUCAGCAAAUUUAACAAUAACAACUAUUUAUGAUUAUUACCAACAACAACAACAACAAAUCGAACAACAACAACAACAAUCAAACAACAACAACAACAACAAUAACCAGGAUAAAAUUGAUAUAACUAAUUUGAUUGAAUCAAGAAUGGAUAUACUUCGUGGACGUAUACCAUUUUUAAAAUUAAUUGAUAAUAAUGUUGAACUGGGUGAUGAUGUAACAUUGAUUAUACGUUCAAGACAAUUAGGUAAUGUUAACCCCAAAAUAUAUGAUUAUGAUUCAAGAAUAUCAACAUGUUAUGCAUAUGAUGAACAAGAUACAAUGCGUUAUGAAUUGACUAAUCAAGAUGGAUGUCCAGUCGAUUCAACCGUAAUGCAAUCAUUCAAAAUAAUGCAUAAUGUUGGAACCGAAUCAAAAGUUUAUUAUACAACAUUUCCGGCAUUUAAAUUCCCGGGUAGUCAAUAUCUUAAUAUACAAUGUACAUUAUUGGUUUGUAGACAGAUUUGUCCAACGCCUACUUGUGAUCAUCACCACAAUCAACAACAACAUCCGAAUCGAAAUGGAUGGUGAAAAACGAGGGAAAAUUUCCCGUAAUUAUGGAUGGUGGGAGAAAUAAAGAAACUUUUU